AUGGCUGAGUUAAGCGAACGCUUUGACUGGGGUCGUCUUUGGCUUCUGAUAGCGUCAACGGAAUCAAAGCUCAAGAAUUGGAAAGCAACUCAUGAUGCUUAUCGUCUGGCUAGUUUUAGACUCGAGGGCUCUCAAGCCAUUUGGAGCCAGCUCGGACAAUGUCUUACCAUGAUUGAUGCAUUAGAACUUGCAAAAGCGCAGGAUUGCAUUGAGCAGAUGAUUUCCGAAGUGCCUGGAAAUUUUGAAGAGAAGCUUUUGGAACUGAAGGAUUUAGUGCAGCGAAUGCAAAAAGUUGCGGAGUCGAAGAAAUCGAUAAAUCAAAAGGAAAACAAUCAAGAUUAUCAAGAUCCAGAUCCACCGGCUGAAAAAGCUCAGAUGGCUACCAGACAGGAAGAUCCGGCUCAUGACGAAGCAGAAAUGAAGGCGAGAAUGAGGGCACUUUUUGAACGAACUCAAAAGCAGCAGAAGACAUCGUCGCUGAUGGACGAGCUGACUGAGUUAAAAUCGACACUUCAUGGGGAAGUAAAGAGUAUGGCAGAGACCGAAGUCCUGGCCUAUCAAACUGCGGCGAUUUCGAAACUGAACAAAAUAAAAGAGCUGCUGAAAAAUAAUGUUGAAAAUGAAUAA